AUGGAAAGAACAAUCGUAUACUGUAAAUCUAUCAAGGACUGUGGACGACUAUUUAAAUUGUUUAAAUCAGAGCUUGGAAGUGAUAGUUAUUUUCCUCAAGGGUGCCAAAAGGAAUCCCAAAAUAUGCUCUUUGGCAUGUUUCACCACAACACAUUGGACAAACACAAGGACAGAAUACUGAACUCCUUUCAUAAUGAAGAUGGUGUCUGCAGACUUGUUUUUGUAACUAAUGCAUUGGGGAUGGGAAUCAAUUUUCCAAAUGUGAGAACUGUAAUUAACUAUGGGCCACCAAGAGAGGUUGAAGAGUUGGUUCAAGAGGUUGGUAGAGCUGGAAGAGAUGGCCAACCAGCUCUUGCGGUCUUACUAUACCAUGGGCGGCAUCUCCGAAAAUGCGAAGACACCAUCAUUGAAUACUGCAGUAACAGCGAUGAUUGUUUGCGUAAACAUUUGGCAUCACAAUUUGAACAGAUCCAAGAGCUGAUAUUUGAAUGUGGAACCCAUGACUGUUGUUUGAAUUGUCACCAGAAGUGUUAUUGUGAAGAGAAAUGUCAAAUACCAAUUCCUUGCUUUGAUGACAUCACAAGUAAUGUGGAGAAGAAAAUGAGAAUAAGGAAAGUGUCAAAGGAGGACAAGACACUUUUGAGAGAACUCCUUAUGGAACACAAGGACAGUCAACAAUCAGGGCUUGUUACCUACCUCCAUCCUGAGUGUACAGCUGGUUUCAGCAAUUCUCUAGUGAAAGCUGUUAUAAAACAGUGCAACAAAAUCUUCACACUUGAGGGCAUUGUGUCAAAUUUACCUGUAUUUAAAAGGUCUCAUGCAGUUGACCUUCUCAACAUGUUGAAUGAUGUAUUUGAAGACAUUGAUCUCAAACAACUGGAAAUUGCAGUGGAAACUGCUCCUGAAUGCCUUGAAAGGGACUAUGAUCUCACAUACAAUCAGUGUUACGAGUAUGAAUCAAGUAGUAACUCUUCAGAAGAAGAAGAAGAAUGUUAUGAAUAA